AUGGCGCUUGCUUGCUCGGAGGUGUGGGUGGCCUUGGCGAAGAGUGAUGCUGUUCUUCAGAAGACACUGGACUAUACUUGUGGAGCAGGAGCUGAUUGCUCCACCAUUCUCCAAAAUGGAGCUUGUUACAACCCCAACACAGUGAAAGCCCAUUGCUAUUAUGCUACCAACAGUUACUUCCAGAGUAACGGGGAAGCACAAGGGGCUUGUGAUUUCUUUGGUACUGCCACUCGCUCCACAACAGAUCCAAGUUACAGUGGCUGCACAUACCCACAUCGAGCUCCUCCCAGAACCAUCGUUUCUUUGUGGAUUCACACAAAGAAAAGAAAUAGGUUGGAUGCCAACAGGUUUGGUUACUGGUUACUGAUUCACAAUGCAUUGUAA